GGUAAAACUCACUCUUCAUUCCUUUCCUUCGGGCGCUUUUGAGGCCUCGUGAAAAUAUUUUUUCCCUGCGGACCGCCCAACCGAUUUUUUUACUGCUCCCAAUCAUCGCAUCCUUCAAGCACUUCCUGAAAGCGUCAAAGUAUCAAAUCAACAUGUCGUCGUCGCGUCCAGAUCAACAGUGGAAUUCAUAAAUGCGGUAAAAGUGGCGUCUUUGGAAAACGACAAAGCAAAAACAUGUGUACUAUUAGGAUUAACUUGUCAAGCAAAUGUUUCUUUAAGUGCUAAACUUACCGAAAAGUACUUAAUUGAAGUUUAUAUGAAAAAAUAGCUUUAUGUUCUUGACUGUUUACUGCCAUAUGAAGACCUUUUAUUAAAUCAUAUACAAACGAGAAGUAACACACGUCAGAUACUCCAAAAGAAUGAGCGCUGCUUGACCCAAGAUCUGUUUCCUACUGACCAUGUGAAUUCACUGUGUCUAAAUAUACAGACAAGUUUAUCUGAAAUAAAAGUGUCAAAAAACAAGCCAAGCUUGUUGUUGCAAAGGAAGAAUGAAGCACGCGACAUAGCGUGAAAGACACAAGAUGAAAGCACGGUGCAAAUAGAAACAUUCCUCUCCCUAUGGAAAGCCAUAGCUGUCUUAGGUCGUGCAAAUUUAUUUCAAUGGGUGCUUUGACCGUUAUACACAGUGCUUUGACCUUUAUACGCGGUGCUUUAAGCCUCAUUUCCACCUAUCGCACGAAUCAACUCGCAGCUCGCUGCGAGAACUCGCAAACUCGCAACUAGUAUUUUUUAUGACCUCGCAGAUAGUUCACAUUUUUCAACUAUUUUUUUCUCGUAGCUAUUUCAAAUAAAAAUUCACCAAUGAAAGAAAGGCUACUGAUCACGUGGCAUCGUUUUUUAGCAUUAUGUUAUUUUCCCCUAUUUUUUCAAAAAACAAACUACAAAAUGUCGGAUAGACAAGAACGACACGCAAGUUGGAGCGAUAAAAAGUUCGAACUUUUAAUCGAAACAGUAAGAAAAUUCCCGUUUUGUACAUGGUAAAAAGCCGUGGAUACAGAGACAAAACACAAAAAGAAAAUGCAUGGCAAUGUCUGGCAAACGAAAUUGAACAACCAGUUUCAUCAUGUCAAGCGAAAUGGAAAGGAUUAAGAGAUACUUUUUCAGAAAAUGUAAGAAAUCAGAAUUUACCUUCAGGUUCUGGAACAAGAAAAGAAAUAAGAUGGAAAUGGUUUAGAAGCAUGGAUUUCAUCAGGGAAACCAUAUUGCACAGAGCCACUUCAAGCAACCUCAGUUGCAACCAAAGCAGUGAAAAACUUCAUGAAAUUGAUGAGGAAGAUAUUGUUACGAGUGAUUCAAAUGAAAUUGAGCAACACAUUAUUGGAGCACUAACAUCAACUCCAACUACAGAGAAAAACAAGAGAGGGUUGGAGUUAAGUACAGUUGGAAAAAAAAAAUUAAAGCACUCCCCUAUAAAAAGAAAAACUUCUGUGGAACGAAAAAUUGACCUAGAAAUAUUAAAAAUUUUGAAAGCAGAUGAAAAGAAUGGCAAUGCCUGUGGAAACCAAGGCAAUUCAGUAGAGGAUGAUUGUAUGGCAUAUGGUAAAUAUGUUGGAGUCACAUUAAGCAAGUUUGAUAAUUAUCACAAAUCAUUAGCCAAAAUGAAGAUAGCACAAGUUUUGUUUGAGGUGGAAUCCAGUUUGACAAAUUUUCCAUAAGUCCUUGACCAAAAAGACAAAGAAUAAAUCAACAAUAACAUAAACUGUCUUAAAACAUUGUUAUAAAGUUGAACUUCUUUGUAAAUGAUUAUGUAAUUGUAAAGGAGAGCUGUUUUACUGUUUGCACAUGUUAUAUUCUAUAUAUUUGCUUUCAGCUUUGGUUUUAAGAAACAAGACAGGGUUUUUUCCAAACUAUAUUAACAUAAACUACAUCUAAUUUAAUAAAAUUUACUUAAAAUGUCAUUUGCUUUAGAGAAAAAAACUGAGUUUACAUUAGCAAUAGUUAAACUUGUAAGAAUGAAAAAUACCCAUGCAAAGAGGAAAAGAAUGUUGAAAGAAUAAAUCAUAGUCAUUCAAGGUUCCCAUUAAAA